GUAGCGAGACUUUAAGACCGCACAAUGUAAGUAACAUACACUCUAAGUGGAAGCCAUUUAAUGCUGCUACGAUGGGGAUUUGGUUGAAUUAUGCUUUUGUUUUUAUUAUUCCUACCGCGGCGAGAAGUGAAAAGCUGUCCCGACAACAGCAUGUCCUCCUCGGUUCCCAAAGUGAGGCUCGCCGGAGGUCUGGAGAUCUGCCGGGUCCUGAACGGGAUGUGGCAGGUGUCCGGAGCUCACGGCACCGUGAACAAAACCAAAGCAGUGGAGGCCAUGCAGGCCUACGUAGACGCUGGACUCACCACCUUCGACAUGGCGGAUAUUUAUGGGCCUGCAGAAGAGAUAUAUGGACUGUUCAAUAGCCAGCUGAAAUCCUCCGGAAGAGCCUCCCCGGCUCUGCAGGGUCUAACUAAAUUUGUGCCGCGACCAGGACCGAUGGAGCGCAAGGAGGUGGAGAAGGCCCUGCAGCGCUCCAUGAGCCGAAUGAAGGUGGACAGCCUGGACUGUGUCCAGUUUCACUGGUGGGACUACAAAGACAAGCGAUACCUGGACGCACUGGGACACCUGUCUGACCUGCAGCAGGAGGGAGUCAUACGGGAGCUUGCCCUCACCAACUUUGACACCCAGCGACUGGAGGAGAUCACUAAGAAAGGCAUCCGCAUCUCCAGCAACCAGGUUCAGUACUCUCUGAUAGACCAGCGACCCGCAGCGAGGAUGGAGCGGUUCUGCGUGGCCAACAACAUAAAGCUCCUCACCUAUGGGACGCUGGCUGGCGGCCUGCUCUCUGAGCGCUAUCUGGGCAAGGCGGAGCCCAGCUCCCGUGCGGAGCUCGACACCGCCUCCCUCUCCAAGUACAAGAACAUGAUCGACGCAUGGGGCGGAUGGGCCCUCUUCCAGGACCUCCUCGUCGCCUUGGAGACCGUCGCCAAGAGACGGGACUGCUCGGUGGCCAGCGUGGCCACACGUUACGUGCUGGACCGCCCGGCCGUGAGCGGGGUCAUCAUCGGAUGCAGAUUGGGCGUCGCAGGGGCGGGGCAGCACAUCAGCGACAGCCUGCGCAGCUGCAGCGCCGACCUGGAGCUGGCAGCGGAGGAUCACGCUGCCAUCGAAGCCGUCACACGGCGCUCCAGGGACCUGAUGGCGCUCAUCGGAGACUGUGGCGAUGAGUACAGGAGGUGAGGGGGGGAGGGCCGGGCUGACAGACCAGAUCUGACAGGUCAGUGAGGAAGAGGGAGGGAGGAGGGGGAAAAAAUAACUUCUCAGGGAAUAAAUUCAAUCACGUGUUUGUGUUGUUUAAAGUAGAAAGAUUUACUUGUUUCACAAUAUUAGAAUUUUCUCACAAAUGUUUGGUUCCGCUUUAAAACCUAUUUGGAAUAAUAAUAACUCAAAGCUGAAGUUUCCUUGUUUCAAAGUGGAGCAUUUUCACCUUUUCAUUCUUUUCUUAAUCUCUAAUGUAUUUUUUUUUAACCAGUUUCUUUACCGACGUUAUGGAAAGCACCGCAAAAGCUUCCAGUCACGCUAAAUAAUUGAAAGAUUUUAUUUUGGUGUCUGCAUAAAACUACUGGUUUGGAAAACCUCUCAUUUAGUCUUGAACAUGAACGGAAUAAUCAAGGAUUAAAUUGAAAUGUUCAUGUUAUGUGAAAAGCAGAAUGUUCAUUUAUUACUUUUAAUUAGCAGUUUAAUGACUUUAAGUUGAAUCACUUUAUGUUGCAUUGAUCAUGACAAAAAAAAAAAAACGCUCAAAUGGGGAAUAUCCAAAUGUAAAUGUUGGCUGUUGUUGACGUGUAAUAAAGGAAUAUUGUAUCCAAAGCAUAAAA